CUCUGCCUCCGCCUUCCCCGUGCAGGGAGCGCGCUGCGCGGCUGUGGAGAGCCGUGACGCGCCCGAGCUGCAUCUCCAGGAUGGCAGGUCCUCCUGACAGGCCCACAGCACUCUGUACCGGGCUCACACUGGUGACCCUCUGAGGACAAUGAACACUGUGAUCCUACUGGACCCUGGCUUCCAGACUAGGACCAGGAUGGACCCCAGAACCUCAGUGUGCAGGCAAACACUCAGUGUGACCCUGCUGGUAGCCAGCAUGCUGGUUUCCAUGGUGACCUCAAGUUCACCUGCUGCAGGUGUGCUGGACUUCAACAGGAUGACAGAGUCUUCAUCAUAUUCUUCAUCACCCUCCUACUCCUCCUCCUCGUUCCUUUCUAUACCCCCAGCCCCCAGCCCACCGUCAGACUCUGGUUACCAUCCUAACAGUGGUGGCACAGGCUUGGCAGAGGAUUCGGACACUGGUGCUCAAGGGAUCCACCUCCUUCUGAGACCCCCCGACCUCCUAUCUCCAAGCCUCCCCCCACAUACGCAGCCCACCCUCACCCCUCCUCCCCGUUGGGAGCAGGGUCCCUCCCUGGAAGAGGCCUGGGGGUCUGGAGACUACCUGGAGACUCUGUCAUUCAUGGUGCCUGAUGGUGAGGAUCUGACCCUGGCCACGCCACUGCCUAGCCACCCCUAUGACGUAGAUGCAGAUGGGGACUGGGUCUCCUAUGACACUGCCUUCCCUGCUCGUCCCACCCUCUCCCUGUCCUCCCACCUUCCACUUUCACCCUCUUCCUCCACUCCCGUUAUCCCCCUGCACACUCACCCCACCCAUCCAGAUGUCUUCCCCACCUGGGACGAGGACUACGACCUGGAGGACUUGAUGCCUCUGGAGCCAACGGAGCUGCUGCUGCCAGACAUGAACAGCCUGGAGUACUACACCAAUGUAUUGGCCCGGGAGAGGGAGAGGGAGAGGGCGAGGGCAAAAGACCAGGAGCGGGUCGAUUGGACAGAUUCCAAAGCCCCCAUCACACCUACAACAACCAAAACUCUCCUUCAUCCUCCAGCCCCAUCGCCGAGCUCCAGCCCUUCUACAGAACAGGAGCCCAAGCAUCCUCCUGCAGGGCCCACCCCUCCUCUCUCCCUCUCACCUACCCUCAUAGGCGAGGUGAAACCACCGGCUCCUUCAUCCACCCUCAAACCCCCCUCUACACCUCUUCCUCCUGCUCCAAAACCCAAAAACUACAUCCCAGACCUGGGCAGACAACCUCUCCAUCCCCCUUCCAACACCACUGGCCAGGUGCCUCCCCCUCCCCUGCUGGGACCACCUACCCGCCCUGACAGACCAGAGAGGCCUUCAGAGGUCACAGAGAAGCCAGUGAAGGCUACACCCACCCAGACUACCCCCACCACUAAGGUGUCCACAACAACAACAACCACCACCACCAUCACUCAGAUCACAGCCAUCAGCCUGACCAGAGCCCCCCCAGUCACCACACCCAGAGUGGCCCAGACCCCACUCACCAGACAGUACCUGUGUAACGUCACCAAGCCGGAGAUGUACCUGGUCAGAGUAGGUAAGACCACCGAGGGUCAGGUGACAGGACCACCAGUCAGUUCCAGAGGUUCAUCGGCAGGUUUUAGUCAGGUCAGAGAGCUUCUGAAGAGAGAGUUCAACCACUCCGUCGAGCUACAGUUCCUGAGAACCCCAUCCAGUUUUGCAUUUCGUGUUGUGUCCGGACCAUUGAUCUUCACUGCUAUAUCUGUCAUCAACGCCCUCCGCCAACCACCACGCUCUUUUGGCCCGGUUCCCACUGUGUCACCGCUCUACACCGUACCUGACCUCAGGUAUCAGAUCCAUUCUGUCCUGCAGUUUGUCCCCACCGUUGUUGACAUUCGAGUCUGCAACUUCAGCGAAAGGGUGGAGAGAGGGCUGGUCAUGGCCUUAGCAGAGACACAGAGUCGAUCACAGGAGGCAGGAAACGUAACUGUACAGCUGUUGAACAUCACUCUGGGUGUGGCCCGGCCAGAGGUGGGGCAGAAAGUUCCCGUUGACAUCACCUUUGUGGUGCAUGAUGCUCAGGGUUACCUGCUGGGAUCAGAGGUCAGCGAACACCUGAGGAAACUCAGCUUGGUCGAGUUCAGCUUCUAUGUGGGAUUUCCUGCCCUGCAGAUUGCAGAACCCUUCCACUACCCUGAGCUGAACACAUCUCACCACCUGCGCUCCACCUGGGUCCGUACAGUCCUGUUGGGAGUGCAGGAGCAGCUGCUGGCUGAGAGAAGUUUCAAAGCUCGUGUGGAGAGACGUCUGGCUCUGCUGCUGGAGGAGGGACUGCAGGAGUCCAGCAGGAGGCGCUGGAGGAGAGCUACGACUGUGGGGAACAGCAGUCUGCAGGUGGUGCGGGUGGCAAGGCUGUCGGGGGUAGAUCGUGCCCUGGAGAUCCUAUAUUUUGUGGAGGGUCCGAGUGGUGAGCGGAUUCCAGCCGAGGUGAUGGCAGCCACCCUUAACCGUCUGGACCUUCAGAGAGCCGCCAUCGUUCUCGGACACCGGGUCCAGAGGCCACUGGCCCAACCUGUGGAGACUCUGUCGGUCCCUCCGGCGGAGACUCAGAGCAGCAGCAUCUGGCUUAUUAUCGGCGUGGUUGUCCCUGUCCUGCUGGCCGUCUUCAUCAUCAUCAUCCUCUACUGGAAACUGUGUGGCUCUGAGAAGCUUGAGUUUCAGCCAGACACCAUCAACACCAUCCAACAGAGACAGAAGCUUCAGGCUCCCAGUGUGAAAGGUUUUGACUUUGCAAAGCUCCACCUCGGUCAGCACAGUAAAGAUGGCAUCAUGGUGAUCCAGGAGCCUGGCCCUCUGCCUGCCCCCCUGAAAGAGGCCACGCCCUCUGAUGGCGGAGACGUCAACACCCCCAGAUCUAAAGGUUCAUCCAUCAAGGCGUCCCGGUCCAGCCGCCGAAGGGGAAGGCUCAGCCCAUCAGAUGGCGACUCGUUAGGCAGCGACCAAUCCAGCGGCAGGGAGUCGGCAGAGGAAAGCACCCGGCCUGUGGCCACACCCAGCGAGGGGAAGCAGCACAGGAAAACCCCCAAAAAUGGGAGGAGCAAGAUGGCUCCUUCAGGAAGUGGUCCAGAUGAGCUUCUUUCCUCGUCCUCCAUCUUUGACCAUGUGGACCGUCUGUCUCGAGGUUCAUCUGAUGGCACUCGUAGGCAGGCCAACAAGGUGCAGUUGAUUGCCAUGCAGCCUCGACCGAGUCCGCCGCCGACACACACCCCAUCACAACCGAGCCCCCCCCUCACAGAGAAGGUCAACACAGAGGUGGCGCUUAGACACAAGUCAGAGAUCGAGCAUCACAGGAACAAACUUCGGCAGCGUGCUAAGAGACGCGGUCAGUGUGAGUUUCCCUCCAUGGAUGACAUCAUGGACGCCUUCGGAGACGGGCCAGUGCAGAGCGAGGCAGCACAGCGACUCUACAGCUCCGCCCACGACCAUAUGGACUGCAUCCUGCAGGCUGACAUCCCCUCACCCCCCACCCCCACCGACUCCAGGAAAAGAGGGAGGCGCUCUCCUCGUGGUCGGCAGGGUACGACUGAUCAGAGCGCCACCUACAGGAAAUACCCAGGUCUCAACAACGUGGCAUACAUGUCGGACCCUGACCUGCCUCCAGACCAUGGCAGCCCCUCCCCUACUGAUGAAGUGUUUGACUCUGCCCCAGCCCCACCCCCCUACAUGCCACCCCAGCCAUCCAUUGAGGAGGCCCGGCAACAGAUGCACUCCCUCCUAGACGACGCCUUUGCUCUGGUGUCCCCAUCCUCACAGGGCAGCGUUGGGCUGAGUGGGGUAAGCCCUGCCCUGCCCUGCCCCUCCCCUCAGGCCCGCCCCUCAGGCAGGCAGUGGGGAUCUUACCCAGCAGCCCCCUCUCACAACCCCUUCUCUGCAAGGUAUGCAGAGCUGGGAAUGUCUCCCACAUCAGUCCAGGGCCUCCUGCAGAGGCAGGGCCUGAGCUCAGGAGGCUAUAUUUCUACUGGAGAUCAGCUACAGCACUCAGUCUACUCCAGCAGGGGGCAGUAUGAGGACCCCGCCUCCUCCUCCAGACCACGACCUGUAGGGGGCAGUACGGGUGCUCAGCUCCACCAUCUGGCCCAGGUGGGUUUGUCCAGUCAGAUCGGUGCCUAUCCUGGGGUGGGUCGCAGCAUGUCUGGCCCCACCAGCUCAAGCUGGAACCAGCAACACUCAGACCAGGACUUAUCCAGGCCCGGAGCCAGCAGAGAGAGUGUGCUGUCAUUCCCGGAGUUUUCUUCUUCCUCUGUUUUCCAGAUGCCCAGCUCCUUGUUGCGGGACCCAUCUGCUCCACCUCUCCUCCUGACCUCACCAACUCCAGAAUACCCACCAGAGGAUGCCUCACCCUCUGCCCACACUUCAGCCUCUCUUAUAAAGGCUAUCAGGGAGGAGCUGCGACGUCUGGCCCAGAAACAGGUUGCAGUGACCAGCUACCCUUAGACUGGUCUGUAGCUAUAUGGAUCAGGACUCAACUGGUUAAAGGGUUAUUGUCUUAAACCACUACGAGCCUGUAAUGACUGGAUUAAAACCCUGAAAAUAACUUUUCCACACCUUGGACUCUCUUGAGCUAAUUUGUGUCUGAGGAGCCGAAUGCAAAAUAAAUCUCGACCAUGAUAAACAAAUACGGUGUCUCCUGACCAAAAGACCUUCGGUAUGCUACAGGGUCCAGUUUGUCCAUCUGUAUGUCCAUCAUCCUUCAGCUCAGUGUUUCACUGGAUGGGCGUCUGACUCUUCAUAUUUCCAUUAAAGUGCUUCCUGAACUGGGUUGUCCUUCCUGGAGUUUUAGUGUGAAUCAUCCUUUCUGGAGUUGUGGAGAGCAUGGUUUCCCCUGACCUCCUCAAGUUGAUCAUCCUUUCUGAACUUCUGCAUGGGGAUCACCUGUCCAGACUGUCAGGCGUGGAUGGUCCCCCAUAACGUCAGGAGUAAUGGUCCUUGCUGGACCUUUGAAGUGCAUGGUCUCCUGGCCUUCUUGACUGUAUAGUCUUGCCCUUUUCAGGGUUUUGGGACAGGUUGGCCAUCCUUUAAGUGUGGAUCAACACUAACUUUCUGGAGUGGAUAGUCCCCUCUGGAUUUCUAGAGAGGAUCAUCCCUUCUGGAGAUUUGGGGUAGUUGAUCCCUCUUGGUCCCUCCUAGUGUUUUGGAGUGGACUGUCCUUCCUGGAGCGAUGGAGUGGGCCUUUUUGAUUGUGUCCCUCUGGAGAGGGACACAAUCAAAAAGGUCCCCAUAAGGGCCCCAUAAGGUCCUCUGGAGAGGACCUUAUGGGGCCUUUCAUACCCCCCAGGGUUAUGGAAAAAAUUUGUCGCUCUUGAACUUCUGGAAUAGCAGUUUAUUCCUGACCUUCCAGAGCUUCUGAAGUAAACCAUCUCUCCUCUCUUUGGGCAGACGCUUCCUCCAGAUGUUCUAGUAUUGAUUGUCCCUCCAGAAAUUUUGAAGUGGAUUGUCCCUCUGGACUUUCUGUGGUGCUAAUCAUCAGCCUCUUUCCAUCUUCUCAGUGACCACUUACUGCCUUCCACACUCCCAUUAGGUCUUUGUUCAUUAACCUUAUCAGUGAGGUCUUUGCACUGUCGACAGCUGGAGAUGGCCUACAGUUGCUACAGCAUGGGGACGCAAACAGGAAAAAGUAUAUUUAAAUAUCUAAUUAAUAUAAAUGUGUAAAGAGAUAGAAUCCCAAUGAGCACAGUAUUAAUGUAAGAGUUAUUAUUGGAGUAUUGAGAUGUUACGUAUUUUUUAUUGCUUAUAUAUGAAAGUAUACUUUAAAUCCUUUAUUUUGAUCAAAAAAAAAGACCAAACUACUGUUCUAUGGUUGUAGUCCUCUUGUGUUUCAGCUCACUGUAGAUACUGAGCUGGUGUUAGUUUCUCUGUGGAGAUGUUGCAUAGUGUUGCUUCUUGCUCGCGUGUUCAUGUAUCAGUGGCAGUGAAAUAUAUAUAUAUAUAUAUAAAUAAUACAUCAUUUUAAGUUGUCACUGAUUUGUUGCAUCCAUCAGUGUGUGGGCAGAUCCCUGUAGAUGAGUCUGUCAGAUGACAGGUAUAUAAAAAGUGUUUCUGUAGGUGGGCAGAGAGGGGAAAGCAGUCACUCAUGAUAUCCAGACGCUAAAGCUAAAUCAGACACACCAGCACCCUCCAGAGUCUGUUUGCACUAGGGCUGUACCCAAAUACCUGGGUAUGCAAAUAUUCGUCCUUUGGGCAGGUAAUUGGGUUUCAGUUUUAGUAUUUGAAUAUUCUGUGGUUAUGAAGGUCCGUUGUCUGUUCAUCUGUUACAUUAAAUAUUACAUAAUAACUUUCAAUAGCUUUUGUCUUUUUUAACCCAAAGUACUGGCAGAUGGGCAAAGAGGUACUUUAAGCUGCAGUACAAACUGCAAACCCUAACCCAGAACCCAAAAACUGCCAUUUGGAACAGCCCUGGUUUGCACACAGAUUCUAGUGAAUGUAUAGCAGUGCAUCGGUGUUGGAAAUACUCAGACUACCUCUUCUCGGCCCAAGGUGUAGCCAGGCAAAUAAAACAGACAGGCACAGCUCCCCACAGCUAAUAAAACCAGGCAGACACUGUGCAGUUUGUAUUGAUCAUGUAGGAUGUGUUAAUUCACACUAUACAUUCUAUUUGGCCUUCCCACACGGUCUGAAUCCACGACCUCUCUGCUCGCACAGUAUGUUCGCUGGCACAACAUGAGCGCUCACACUGCACAUUAAUCAGAACUCACGAACAGGUUUGUUCAUUAACAUAAAGUCCUGUUCAGAGAGGAUGGUCACAUCCUCAAAGCUGAUGUUAGCAAAGACAAAAUUGGCAUUACUAGUGUUGUUGAGACUAGUCUAAAUAAAACAUGAGCCAACAGAGCAGUUCAGGACUCAAGAGCGCCUCAGUGGUGGUGAUGAAGGAGGGUCAGUGUGGUUCUUUAACUUGCCUACUAGAUUUAGUGUCCUGGUCAGAUUGGUAACCCUAACCAUGGCCACGAACCUUAGGCCACUGCAGUCUGAAUGGUAAAUGUUGUACAUUUGCCAUGAACAAAGGAGUUCUGUUUAGGAAAGUGCUGGAAGAUCCCAGUCAAACUUUAGUAACAGUCUCCGAGUCCAGAUGUCCAUCCUUCAGACUCACAGACUUCAGUCAUGUACUGUACAUUCACCAUCAUCUCGUCAGGUUUGUGGGGGGAUGAAAUCUCCUCAGUAGGGUCCUCAUUCUGUAAUUACCCUGAAAUCUCAGUAUUUUUCUGAAUUUUAUGUAGGUUGGAUAAGAAGACCAGGUCUGACUUCUUCUUUGCUUGAAAAUUAUGUAGGUGAAAAACAAACAAAAUGAUGGUAAUAAAUAUUUAUAUUAGCAGUUGUAGUAGCACAAUUCCCUUCUUUUAUACUGUAUCUUGCCUCUUCUGAGUGAAGUCUGCACCCCAUGCAGACUCAGGUCUGCAGAAGCCCUCCUAAAACCAGAUGUAGGCUUGAAUUGUAGAUUUAAAGAGACCUCAGCACUCACUGACUUCCUGUGCGUCAUCCCAUUAAAUUCUAAAGUCAGCAAGUUGCGAAGUUUGGAUGUUUAGAUUCAGUCUUUAUCUUCAUGUGCUGGUUGUAGAACUGAAUGAGUGGUUCUCUUCUCUGCUGGUUAACUGUUUCUCGGGUGCUGAGAAAGAGUUGAUCACUUGUAAAAUAUGGUUCCAUGAGCCUCUUGAGGGUUUGUUUGUCUCUCUGCUCCUCUUGAGCACAUUGAACUAAGUUUGAGGCUUUAGCUACUCAUGAUGUUCCAGUUGAGGUUUAGCAAGCUGCUAAAAGAUGUUAAAAGCAAAGCUUGUAUGAGUAAAGAGUCCUUCCAUAUCAGGUUAAAGGAGCAAGGAGUGAUUGUCACAGUGCCACUAAAAACAUUGUUCAUCCAAACACAGUGAAAAAAUACAUCCUGUUUUUUGUUUUGCAUUUCCAUAAUAUAUUUUGGAACGUAAAUGAAGAUGGUUACAGUAAACUGUGUGUACAUGAAUGUGUAUAUGGUGUUGAAUUAAAAACAAAUAUAUAUAUAUAUAUAUAUACAUAAUAUUUAAUGUGUGAUUGUUCUGCUGAAUGGACUCGAGGAUCUGCCUGAUAGCGGUAUCGUGGACCGGAACUCUUCACCAGCUGGAGACUUUCUGACUGAACCCAGCACCUGUCCACACUGUACAGCUUGGCCUCACCUACAGGAUCACAUGGUGCUAAUUCAACAGCUCGAGGUGUGUCUGAAGCUCAUCAGGACCAUACAAAAUAUGAAAAAAAUAAAACCCUGCAGGUGUGAUUGAAAGAGAGGCUUGUCUUCUCACAUCAAACUCUGGAUUCAAGCUGCUGCAGGUUUCACAGACUUCUCCUGCAUGUUUCCUUCAGAGUUUUCCAUAGUCUGUGUUUUCUAGAUCUGUGAUCCUCAGUGAGAAUCAAGCAGACAACCAGUUGCUCUGUCGAUGUUUAAGUCAAGACAAAACUUCUGAUUUAGACUGGAGUCACUAUGAGGCCCACGUGGCACUGAGCACGUGCAGAGCCCCUGGACAUCCUGAAAGUCGAUUGUACUUUUAAUCAUGUUCACACAAGACAGCAACGUGUGCACACAUAUUAUGAUCAAACAAGAUUCUUGUGUGAACAUGAUACUAACGUGUGUGUAUAUGUGAAAUUAACUUGUGCCAGCAUAUUUUUAACUUUUUAACAAGAUGCGAGAGGUGUCAAAGUAGACACUAACUUAUGUAUACCAGUUACUAAAUUGUGUUCAAAAUAUAAAUUUGUCUGUACAAAAUACAAAAUUGUGCACACAAAAUACUAACCUGUUUACACUUGAUGCUAAUUAUUGGCCACAGCAUAAAAUUGCACAAACACAAUAUUGACUUGUGGGAAAAAGAUAAUGCGAACAAGAUAUGAACUCAUGUCCACGAGAGAUUAACUUCCAAACAAAUUUUAAGAUUUUGAACAAGAUUGCAACACAUGUAGAAGAUAUUAAAUUUAGGGAACAAGAUAAAUUGUUAUGAAUCCUCCUGUGUGUUCAGACCUUCAGUGACUAGAAGGCUUGAGUCAUCAGUUUCGUCACAAAUGAACUUCCAUACAACUGUUGUUCUGAGUCAAACCACAUUCCUGUUGAUCCUCUCUGGACUCUGGUUCCAACAGGUAGCUCCACUGAGUUCAGUCCAGGUUCCAGGUGUGAUCAGGUAACUCAGUGAAGCUGCUUUGUGGAAACAGAGCCUGAAGGAAAAGUUAUUUAAAUGUAAAAUCGGUGAUCUGGGAACACUGCCAGCAGUCUCAGCAGUUCAACAGCAGCUAGGUGAGCUGGCAGCUGAUCUGGGUGUGGCACAUGACAGGACCUGUUCUACCUGAACUCUGUGAGCUGCAGCCUGGGGUAUUUCAAUUCUGAAAGAUCGUGUUAGCAAGCAUUAAAGAGAUGUAUUCAGA